AUGACUAACAAAUUAGCAUUUGAAGCGCUCGAUAGGACAUUGCGUGAUAUAAUGAUUUUGGUCUCUGAUAGGAAUAAAGAUUUACCUUUUGGUGGGAAGGUGGUCGUUCUUGGUGGUGAUUUCAGGUUAGCAAGUGGAUUGGAACAAUCAACUGCUCAGGAGUUAAGGUCGUUUUCAGAUUGGAUACUUCAAAUCGGUGAAGGUCGAUGUGGAACUAUGAAUUUUCGUGAUCCAAGCUUUUUCCAGGAUAGGCCAAUACUGGCUUCGACUGUCGAGAAUGUUGAAGAGAUAAACAAUUAUAUAGUUGACUUGUUGUCCGGUGAGGAGAAAAAUUAUCUCAGUACUGAUUCGAUAUGUGGUAGUGAUGCCUAUUCUGAUGUUGAUGUUGAUUGGAUAAAUGUUGAAUUCUUGAAUCAUAUUAGGUGUUCUGGUCUACCUAAUCAUUCGUUGAAGUUGAAAAUAGGUGUGUCUAUUAUUUUGUUGAGGAAUAUUGAUCCAGGUGGGGGUUUGUGUAAUGGGACUCAACUUGUUGUGCAAGAUCUAGGGACAAAGUGA